AAAUAUACGAAACUUUGUUCCACUUUGGGAGCAAUCAAAGAAAGGCAAAAAAAGAGCCUAAUAUAUUAUUCUGUAGGCAACUUACUGAUUAAAAAAAAAAAACUUAAUGUUCGUGACAUUAGCACAUAAUGCAGGGGGGGGGAUGCCUGAUUUUCUACAUCUUGACAGACUAAUAAAGGCACCUUAUCUUUUAAAGUAGAAACUUGAAAAGGACCUGGAGCAAAUUGCUACAAUCACUCUAUAGAUACAACACAGCAGGGUAGCUGAAAAACCAGAGCGUACCCCAGGAGAUUCUAGGGCGCGUAGUUAUUCUCAUGCAAAUCAGAAGCAAACAGAACAAAGCACCACAAUGUGUGGAAGCAACACAACGUGAUCAAAUAAAGCAGAAGGCGUGUGAUCAGCAAAGCAGAACCAAUCAGGACCCAGCCGCCUUGAGGAGGAGCCAUUUGGCUUGGGACAAGGCAAGGGCACGUGGGGAGGUGUAACUUUCCCCAUGCUCUUGGGUUGGGAAUGCGGUCUGAAGAGCCACUGUUGAGACACAUUUAAAGAACUUUUCAUGAAGCACGGAUGAAGAGCGUCACCACUAAGAAAUAGGAUUAAUGAACUCAGGCCACCUGAGCUCCAAAUUUGAAAAAGUGACGCAGUGCCUUGUAAAAAUCUGAAUGUGUACAGAGUAUGCAACGACUAAAGAAGAAAAAGUUCCACUGUUAUCCUUCAGGUGCUGGGAAGACAACACUGCUGAACUAUAUUCUGACAGAGCAACAUAGCAAAAGAGUGGCAGUCAUUUUAAAUGAAUUCGGGGAAGGAAGUGCGGUGGAGAAGCCCUUGGCUGUGAGCCAAGGCGGGCAGCUCUACGAAGAGUGGCUGGAGCUGGGGAACGGCUGCCUGUGCUGCUCGGUCAAGGACAAUGGCAUUAGAGCUAUUGAAAAUUUAAUGCAGAAAAAAGGGAAAUUCGAUUACAUACUCUUGGAGACCACUGGGUUAGCGGAUCCCGGUGCUGUGGCUUCUAUGUUUUGGGUUGACGCUGAAUUAGGGAGUGAUAUUUAUCUCGAUGGUAUCAUAACUGUUGUGGAUUCAAAAUAUGGAUUUAAGCAUUUGACAGAAGAAAAACCUGAAGGCCUUGUCAAUGAAGCUACGAGGCAAAUUGCUCUGGCAGAUAUUAUUCUCAUGAAUAAAACAGACUUAGUUCCGGAAGAGGAUUUAAACCGAUUGAGAACGACCAUUAGAUCAAUCAAUGGCCUGGGAAAAAUUUUAGAAACACAAAGGUCAAGAGUUGACCUCUGUAAUGUAUUAGAUCUUCAUGCCUUUGAUAGUCUCUCUGGAAUAAGUUUGCAGAAAAAACUUCAACAUAUGCCAGCUCCACACCCUCACCUUGAUCAGAGUAUUACCACAGUUACGUUUGAGGUGUCGGGGAAUGUCAACGAAGAAAGGCUCCACGAAUUCAUGCAGGAUCUGCUGUGGGAAAAGAACGUGAGAAACAAGGACGGUCAUUGCAUGGAGGCCAUCCGCCUGAAGGGACUGGUGUCAAUCAAAGACAAAGCCCAGGUGAUUGUACAAGGCGUCCACGAGCUCUAUGACCUGGAAGAGACUCCAUUGAGCUGGAAAGAUGACACUGAGAGAACCAAUCGGCUGGUCUUCAUUGGCAAGAAUUUAGAUAAAAAUAUCCUUAAACAGCUCUUUAUAACCACUGUAACAGAAAGAGAAAACCAGCAGAGAGCGCAUGUCCAAGAAGAUCAAGUUUGUAGCACUGAAAACCUUUCUUAUCAAAAUGUUUAAUAAAAAUUAGGUUUUUUACUGAGUGUCUUUCAAACAGUAAUUUUUAUUCCUGUGAUGGAUUCCAGUGUAUUAAAAAUAACAUUUAUCUUGUAGAAUAUACAAUUUAGUAAAUUGAAACUA